GCACAUCCUCACUGAGCAUCCGAUAGGAAGAGAGACGGGACGGGCGAGAGACUGCUGGAGCACGCACCUGAGCAGGAUGGCUCACAAUGAUAAAGACCCAGUACCUGCGGUGGGGACCCUCUCCCAGGGACAACUGCAGUCCCACCUCAAGAUGGAGCCCAAGACUCUGGGGGCAAUCCAGAUCGUCAUUGGGGCUUUGAUUCUUUGUCUGAGUGCCUCUGUGCUCCAGAUCCACGAGGUCCACUUCACAGGGGAUGUGGCCCUUUUCCUCAUCGUUGUCAUACAGGUGACCUUGUCUGGUUCGGUGUUGGUCCACAGUGGGAGGAGACCUACUCUGUUCUGGGUGAAGUGUGUCCUAGUGCUGCAUCUCAUCAGUGCUGCUUUUGCCACCGCUGCCCUGGGUCUGAUGUCCAAACACCUCCCCUACCGUCAGGACUCUUACCACUGUGAACACUGCCGCAAACUGGAGCUCCACGCCGUGCAACAUUGUUUCAGGAAAUGCACCGGGCUGAUCGAGCAAAAGUGUAAACUGUUGAUUGACGGGAUCCUGGGGACACUGGUGAUCUUCCUGGUGCUGGAGCUGUUGAUCUGUAUCACUGCCAUGCUGUUCGGACUCAGUGUCCUCGCUGCUGGAACACAGAGUCCCAGGCAGAAACCUGCCUAUCCACAGACCCGCCCCCCACCUGCUCCAGCUGUGCAGACUGCUGUAGCUGCGGCCGAGCCAUCUCAGGUGGCUGUAGUUGUGACCGAACCAGAUUCGGAGCAGGCGGAGGACAUCCGCACCCCACCCACCGAACCCCAGGUGGAGCCGAUAGAGGAUGUGACUACAGAACCUUGAACUCAGCCCAGCACUGCUGCUCCCUCUGUGGUGUCAUGUCAGACACGCUGUCUAAUUAGGACUCCGUUACCUCCCGUUUAACUCGAUGACUCAUGUGUCAACUCAGGUGACAGCAGCGGAUGUGCAGGAAUCAAUGUUAAUAUUUUACAUGUAAGCAAAAGGUUGCUGUCCUGUCCUUUUACUUCUGGCAUGACAUGGACACGGCAUCAGUGUUUCCACUGCUGCACCUUGCAGUACAGUAUGUU